AUGGAAAAUAAUGAUAUUUCUGGAAAUAUACAAAAUCAAAAAGAAUACCUCUUGGAUAUUCUAAAAGAAAAUGACUGUGAAAGCUUAGAAGAAUUACGAAAUUUAAUAAACUUUUUAAAUAAUGAAAAUAAAAGAUUGCAUUCAUUGAACAUCGAAAAUUUAAAAAAAAUAAAUAUUUUAAGUGUCAGAAUAAAUCAUUUGGAAAACUUAACGAAAGACAAUGGCCAAUAUUAUGAAUAUGAAAAUAACUAUAAAUACAAAUACAUAGAAUUACUAAGAACAAUUAAUAUCAUCAAAAAUUAUGCGAAAGAUAAGGAAAAUGAAUACAAAGAAAUGGCUAGAGAACACAAAAAAUAUUCAACGUUUUUUUUUUUAAACUUGAAUAAAAUUAUAGAUUCAAUUGUUACCCAAAACAAUGAAAAUAAUCUCAGCAAUUUGAAUGAUCUUUUUCCCACAUUAAAUAAUUACACUAAAAAUAAUGAAAGAAAUUAUUCCCAUGAUAAGACAAAAAUGAAUAGAUUACAUUCAUCACCCAAUUCAUAUCAUCAUAGUUUUAAAAAUUUUGACAACUAUUGGGAAUAUCUUAGUGUAAAUGGUAAUAGUAGGGUGGGAAAUAUUGAGAAUGUUGUAAAUAAUAAUUAUGAAAAAUUGGACCCCAUCGAGGGUAGUACGUACAAAGAAAAUCGUAAAUCCUCAAAAGGUGAAAUAAAAAAAACGACGAAAAAGAAAUCUGAAAAAAAUAUAACUGAUAACAUAACAUAUCAUUUACAAAAUCGUGAAUGUUCUAAUGAAAUAAAAUUAAAAAAUAAAUUACAUUCCAGUUCGCAUAGUUCAUUUCAUAAAAACUUAGAGAGAAAUGAUGAGAAAGAAACAUAUAAUACAAAAUUUGAAAAAAUAAAAAGUUUACGUGAAUCUUAUAAAAACACUGAUAAAGAGCUAAUAAGUUCCGUGGACAGCAUAAAAAAAAAGAAAAAGAAAAAAACUUUGGAACCAGAAAAUCAGAUAAACAAAAUGGUAAACUAUAAUUAUGAGAUGAAAAAUAUAGAUAUUGAAAAUGCUCGAAAGGAAGAAAUUAUUGCAUCUGAAAAUGAUUCAAUUAAAAACGUAAACUCACCAAAAGAAAACAUAAUCAGCAUUUUAAACAAAAAAAAUCAUAUUAUUCCAAUCAAACAUAUAGGAGACCUUACACCAAAAUAUGUUAAUUAUAAUACGCUUCACCGUGAAAUUAUAAACCCUCGUCAACGAUAUUCUCGGCAAAAAUCAAGAUCAAUAGAUCAUAUUGUUUGCUUAUAA